AGGAAGGGGAGGGAGACCUGGCUGAAGCCACACACUCCAGCAGGCUUGGCACCAGCUGAGUUUCAAGAAUAGGCAUUUGGGUCCUCUGAACUUUCCUCUGAGAACCCCUUUCUCUCAACCCAUCUCAGGGAAGAGGGGUUGAGAGGAACAGAAGGAAGAAGCCUCAGGAGGUGCUGGCCAGGGAGCCCGGAGACAUGGAGGAGGAGAGGGAGGGGGAGGGAAAGAGAAAAGGAGGGAAGGAAAGCAAGCUGUUCUCCUGAAAUCAACCUGGGAUUCCAAGAGGGAAAUCCUUGUCUGCCUCCACACUGAUUGCAGCAUCCCUGGGCCAGAAUGAUGCAGUGGGGACUUCUAACGGCUCCCUGUUGAAUACAGGAAAAGAAGACUGGACGAGGAGCAAGUUCAGAGCUAAGCACAAGAAAGCCUCAGAUUCUCCCUUUGGUGACCCUGCAGUCUCCUGUGCUCCUGAAUCCUCUGGACUCAUGGUCUACCCAAAGCUUGCCAAUAACAAACAGACAGAAGAUACUUUCUCAGGCGAGUGUUUUUUCUGGUCCUAUUCUCUGCACAGGAAAAGCCUCCCUUGCUAAGGACUCCUGGUGGAACCCAUGGAGACCCACUUCAACCUGGGUAUCCUUCCCAGAAGGCUAAUCCCUUGUCUCUCUUUGACUAUUAAGUAUCUCCAUGAGAUGGGUUCUGCAGCCCUCAGUGCCAGGGUCCAAAGGACUGGAUUUGCCCCCUAAGAGAUUUCAGUGGCUUUGAGGAAGUGCUGGGCCCCAGGGAGGGGUUAGGGAGGUGCCAAAUUGAGCCUUCAGCCCUCCCCCUCUUCCCCGAGUCAGACACUUAACCAAGGAGACCUUGUGAUCUUUGAUGAUUUUCAAUGGCCCAGAGGAUCCUGGGCCAUCAUUCCAAGUACUGCUGCCAACUGGUCCCACUGGACAUCUCCCUUGGUUUCUGCAGUAUUGAUCAUCUUCCCAGAAGCCCAGGAGCCUUGGCUGAGCCUCCCUGCAUUCCCACCAGGUGCCACCAAAGGAACCCUGCUGGUGCUUCUCACCUGGGGAGCCCUUUCAUGCCUCCCAUGCUCCCAGGCUGGCCAGAGCCAAUGACAGUCCACGGACAGAAGCCCCACCUCCCCCAGCCCCUGGCCACAAUGUAGCUGCUUUCUUGCCCCAGUGACUCUUCUCUGAGACCCAGGGUGAUGGGCUCCUCUUGGCCAUGCUGCUGCUGGCAGAGGACUGAAAUGGGGCCCGUUUGGUCCCAGCUGGUCCGACCCUGCUCUCGGAAGCCAGCCCUGCUGCUGGCCUCGCUCCUCUUUACAGCAGGGCUGGCCCUGGCUGAUGCUGUCGCCAGCUGCCCGGUCCUAUGCACCUGCCGCAGCCAAGUGGUCGACUGCAGCAGCCAGCGCCUUUUCUCUGUGCCUCCUGACCUCCCGCUGGACACUCGAAACCUCAGCCUAGCGCACAAUCGCAUUGCCACUGUCCCGCCGGGCUACCUUACCUGCUAUGGGGAGCUCCGGGUGCUGGACCUACGGAACAAUUCCCUGGUAGAGCUGCCCCCUGGGCUCUUCCUCCAUGCUAAGAGACUGGCCCACUUGGACCUGAGUUACAACAACUUCAGCCACAUUCCUGCUGACAUGUUCAUGGAGGCUCAAGGUCUGGUACGAAUUGACCUGAGCCAUAACCCCUGGCUGAGAAAAGUCCACCCGCAGGCCUUCCAGGGUCUCUCCCAACUCCGAGAACUUGACCUCAGCUAUGGGGGACUGGCUUUCCUCAGCCUCGAGGCCUUGGAGGGGCUUCCUGGGCUAGUGACCCUCCAGAUUGGAGGGAACCCCUGGGUAUGUGGCUGCACCAUGGAGCCUCUCCUGAAGUGGCUGAGAAAUAAGAUUCAGCGUUGUACAGCAGAUUCCCAGCUGGCUGAGUGCCGGGGCCCCCCAGAAGUGGAGGGCGCCCCCCUGUUCUCCCUCACGGAGGAAAGCUUCAAAGCUUGUCACCUGACCUUGACGCUGGAUGAUUACCUAUUCAUUGCCUUUGUGGGCUUUGUGGUCUCCAUGGCUUCUGUGGCCACCAAUUUUCUUCUGGGGAUUACUGCUAACUGCUGCCACCGCUGGAACAAGGCAAGCGAAGAGGAAGAGAUCUGACUCAGUUUCCCUGAUCUCCUUCCAUGUUGUUAAGUGCUGCUACCACCAACAAUGCUAGGCCAACAAGGAUGAGGAGAUCACAGGCCCCAUUCCAUGCCAGUUCCAUGGCUCCCUCCACUCCAGGCAUUGCCAACCACUGUCACUGUUAAAAUGAGAUUAGUCAUCAGGGGAUGAUGCCAAUGCCCUACCAACCUUGAUGCCAAUCUGCCAGCUAUUGGCUCUGCUGACUCCUGAUGGCUGAAAGCUCAGAAACCUUUGGUGAUAAUCCCUUCCCAUACCAACCUCUUCUGACCCCAUUAGGCUUCCUCCUAGUUGGCUACUGCCACCAAGAGAGAAAACAUUUUCCUGGCUUUUGCCAGUCUCCCCUCAUUUCUCCAUCAGUUAUAGUCAGUUUGAAAGAAUAAUCGCCAUUCUCAAGGCCCCAUUUCCUGUCCUGCAUUCAGUCCUCCCCACUUCUGAAUAAGACCCAAACCCUAGCGAAGUUGGAGACAUGCCAUCCUGGGACUCUUGAUCAUAUGAACUGUACAGGGCAAAGAACUCUUCCAGUGAUGAAUCAAAGAACCACAACUAGGGUGGGGCAAUAAGGAUAUUUUCCCAGGGUACCAAAAUUUAGAGGAUGCAGCCAGCAUGUGUACUUUGGCAGAAUAAACACAACUGAACUUAGUACCUAGUUAACAGGAAUAAUUAGUUAAAAUAUCAUAAUCUAUCUUCCCUCACCAAAACUAAAUUUUGUCUUCAAAUUUUAAUUUGAGGACAAAUUUUGUGAGGUUUGCUCCAAGUUUGCCCCAGGCCCCAAACUUGCUGGUUAUGGCUCUGGUAAAGGGUGAUGGAGAUAUAGAAACAUGGAAUUAAAAUACCUGAUGGGGGGAGAUGGGACAGAAGGGGGAACCAUCAAUAGCCUAGGUCAUAAAGUUAGCUAUUUUACCAUCACUUGUUAAGUGGCACGUCUUUCUGACAUGCCCACCAGGAUAAAAACACCAGUUUCUCAAUAUUGUUAUCACCCCUGAGGCUGAUCCAACUUUCCACUAAUUUUGAUUGGAGAUUAGCUUAAUCCCUUUAAUGGAUAAAUCAAAUCCAACAAGCAAUUAUUGAGAACCUACCCCGUUUAGAGGACAUUGGUGCUGAUGCAGAGAUCAAACGGAAAUACCUCCUACCCUCGAGGGGUUUACAUUCUAUUGGAAUGAGACCAUAUCUGAGCGAUUGAAUGUACACAGGAGAAAAAGAGAGAAUGCUAACGACUAAGGUCAUCCAAAAAUUUUCCAUGAGAGAAGGUGUGAGUGAGCUGAACCUUAAAGGAUUCUAAGGGGCAAAGGUGAGUAGAGAGAGAAAUUGACAGGGGAGGGAUGAAAGAGAUGGUGUCAGUCUGAGCAAAGGCAUUGAGAUAGGAAAUAGAAAACAGGGCUGGAAAAGAGCAAGUCAGCUAUUUUUGUUGGGAUAGUGGUGGGAGGGGGUGGUGAGAGGUGUGGGGAAGCCUGGAAAAGGAGGCUGGAGCCAGAUUCCAGAGGCUGGAAAGCAUUAAAUGUCCAGCUGGGGAGUUGGCAUUUCAUCCUAGAGGCAUUAAGGAAUCCUUAAGGGUUCUUAAGCAAAGGAAUGCCAUGGGCUUACCUAGAGAGAGUUAAACUUAUAGAUCUAUUUUAAGGAAGGUAAGAAGAGAACAGCAUAUUCUGGAGAGCACUCACCAGAAAAUGAGACAAGUAUUUCCCAAAUACUUGUGAAAUACACUAUACUAGGCACCAUACAGCCUUCAACAUUUGCCAUGGUGCCCUGCACACAGUAGGCUCUUCACAAAUGUUUGCUGAUCAAUUUGCUGAUUGGAAAGAUAGGUCACAAGGCCCUGAGACCAAAGCAAUGGGUGUAGAGAUGGAGGUGGGCAUAGAGAAUGGGUCAUGUGGCCACAGGCACGCCCCUCUGUGGCAUGUGCCCAUGUGGCCAUGUGGCAUGGGCACCCCUCCUCUGCAGAGAGCCAGUGAUAAUGUUCUAUACUCAACAAUACCAAUAAGCAUGUUGUCAGAGAAGAAAUCUGGUGUAGCGAUAGGUACCAAUAGACUAAGUUUGCAUUCAUUCACUCAAUGGACAUUUAAUCAGCACUUGCCAUGUGCCAGGCACUGCUCCACAUGCUGGGGCUACAGAAACAAACCAACAAGCAAAAAACCAGUCCCUGCCAUGGAAGAGUUUGCCUUCUAUUGGAAGAAACACCAAGUGUACAUCAGCUUCUUAAAAUGCACACAUGGUAAAUCUGAAGUCUCCACAGGGGAAAGUAGCAGCUGUAGGCAUAGGGAGAGAUAUCUUGUAGGAGGGAGGGCAUAUAGCUGUGUGCUUGAGGAAGAUAAUUUUGGCAGCUGCCUAGGCAAUGAAUUUGAGAGGGGCAAGACUCAAAAUAGGGAGACCAAUAAGGAGGCUAUUGCAAAUGCUCUAGGUGAGAGGUGAGGGAGGUUUGAUCUGUAUGGGAAAAAAGGGACAGAAGACAUGUUGCAAGUGAAAUUAUAACCCCCAAUAUAACUAUAUGUAAUAAUAUUCUAAUACAAUUUGGUCAACUCAGAAGGCCCCUCCACUGGCAAACUUAAGAGGUGAACCAUUCUCUACCACCUAACAUCAGCCUUAUGAGAAUAAGGCUGAUUUCUGAAUUCUUUUUCAACUGGACCUGUCAUUUUUAUCAGUUGAGGGAACUCCCAUUGAGAAACAUCUCUUUACUGAUGCAGGUCACCAGUUCUGCUGCCUAUAGUCUUAGAGAAGUUAGGUGACUUGUUCAGAGUCACAAAACCAAUUUUAGAGGUAGGAUUCAGACCCAGGUUUUUCUGACCCUCAAGCUUGGUUCUCUAUUCACUAUAUCACACUACGUCUCUUCACCCUUUAAUAUAUGUACAAAGCAUGAUUAGUGGAAGAUAGUGGUGACAACCAGAUUUCUCUGUUCAUUCACUCAGCCAACAAAUAUUAUUGAAUACCCUCUGUGUGCAGAGCAAAGCAAUAUACUGGACACUGGGGCAGCCACAAGGUUCUGCCCUCCUAAAGUUGAUAUUCCUGUGGGAAAGGUGGAGAGGCAGUUGACACUGACAUUUCCCCCUGUAAUGCAUAGCAUUACCUGAUAAGUGUGUUAGAUAGAUGUAAGACAGGUUGUAUAAGCUCAGAGGGAAUAGUUCAUUAGCAAAUGGAAGAAGAUGGCUUGAGAGACAAUAGCAGAGUCUCAGAGAGUCUGGGUUGAGGCAGAAAGAAGGCAUGUGGAAUCAGGGAGGGGGUAAAGUACUGCAAACUGGCGUGGGGGGAAUCUAAAUGAAGUUAGUUAUCUAGUUGGGGGGCAUAGAGAUAUGGCAGAUUCCACAUCAGUGCAUCCAACCCCCUCUCCUGUCAAGAUUCAGAGACUUGACAGAGCUGACUGGCUGGAAUCACCCUAGAAGAGGCUUUCUGCCCAGUCCCAUUGCCCAGUGACCUCCAGCUCCUCCAUCUAGCUGGCCCACAAGCACUUCAAAAGGACUUGUGGGGAAUGGGAGGACCAACUCCCACCCAAGAAGCCUACCCUCCCAGGAGAUGCUCUACACAGGGAGCUAUCCAACCACAAGAGUCAGCAGAGACAUUCCCAGGACUUAGUGAACUGCACUAACUUGGCAAAGACCCUACCUUAUUGGAAUCCCUAAAUCUCGGCUCCUGACAUCCAGAGCUAAGGACCACUCUUGCUGUCUUCCUGCCACCACUGGUGAGGCAACUCUUAGGACUGCUUGGUUCUCUUGUCAGGGGCUAUAAUAUUCUAGCUGAGAGACUUCAGUAUUAUGUGAUGAUCUUUUCAAAACAAUACUACUAAUGCAAACAGUUAAGGCCUCCCAAAAUGGGGAAAACUCCACAGAAGUCUAUAACCAUCUCCUAGAUACCUUUGUUCCCUGAUAUAUGGCUAAUGUAUUUCAAAACAUAUACCUUUUUUGCAUAGAACUAGGACCAAACAAGAUGCCAAAUGCCACUUGAGGUUGGAUGCACUUCUCCACCUUGUAUUUUUCUGUCUCCAUCAGUGGUAAAGCUAAGGGGUGAACCUUUAUGAACAGGAUAGAUGCCUUUAAAGAGCAGAUUCUUUUCCAGCUGCAGAAAUGUCCUGAAGCACACAUGCACACAGGUACAUGUGUGCACACACACGCAUGAAUGUGUAUACACACAUGCAAAUACACACACACAAACUUACACAGAGAGGAACAGAAAAGAGCACUGGGCCCAGAGCCGUGGGAAGACCUGGGUUCUGCUCUUAGCUCUGCUGCUAACUAGCUGUGUUACCUGGAAUGAAUUCCUUCCCCUCUCUGAGCCUUAGUUUUCCCAUCUGCGAAAUGAAGGGGUCAUACUAGAUGAUGGCUAAGGCCCCUGGCAGGUCUAAUAUUCUGGGAUUCCUAAGGAAACAGUGGAGCUCAGUAAGUACGAGGUUUACUCAUCCUCUCCAAAGCCCCUUUCCCUUGCCAAGAAAUUGCCUUCCAUCCCUUUGCUGGGGCUGUCCCAAAACACAAAAACAUGUUGAAGAAAAAAUCUCUUAAAGGCAAUGUAGCAAUCCUGGUCACAACUGUUCACAUUGCCCUAGUGAUCAACACCCUUGGUGGUCUUCCCACAAGGUUUAAUUUUAAUUUUUUACAGGUUGACUUAUUUGUAUCUCUGUGUAUGUGUUUAUCUAUGUAAGGUUUAAAAUGUAUCUGGCUCCACCUGUGAUGGGGCCAAGCUCCCAGUAGGAGCUGAGCUCAGGUCUCCUGCACUGUUUUCUGGUAUGUUCCUUGCUGCUGCUGCUGUGUUUUCUGAUAUGGCAAAGUGGGCUUGAAGGCCUCAACUAACGGGUAUGGGUUAGAGCUGGCCCCUCAGGAAAGAGAGAGAGAGAGAAGGAAGGAAGGAAGGAAGGAAGGAAGGAAGGAAGGAAGGAAGGAAGGAAGGAA